CAAUAGUUUUAGAAGAUUAUCUAGAAUUAAAAAAUAUCAAAAUUAUGGUAGGCUGGAUGUCUGCUUAGAAAGUGUAUACAUCCCCCGGACGUGACAUCAUGAGCCUGAACCGGAUGACGUGUUUAAAUCAACCCCCAGCUCAGCUGUUGUGCUAACGACUGACAAAUUAAGUUUUUUUUUCGCCGUUAUAUACCAUGUAUAUACAUUUAGCAGUUGAUUGUUUGUAACAUUAGAUUAUCAGAAUAUCCACCUUUAUGGUCUCACGAGAAUAGAAGUCGGUGUAAAUUCAGUUGAAGCCUAUUUACGUGGAUUAUCAUACCAGACUGGUGAAACCCCUGGUCUUUUUUUUGCUAACGAUAGCUGAAAGACAGCUAGCUAACGUUACUAGUGUAACGUAGCUAGUUUAUACCACAUUAUCACAUCGACCUCGACAGUGGACUCAUUUUAACAGUUUUGUGAACAACGAAAGCGCCGUCACGGAGGAUUCAUUUGGGGGAGGGCUAGUGUACUGGCUAGCUUGCAACGUUAAUCAGAUAACCAGUUGUCAUCGGUGGUGGGUAGCAGCAUGGACUUUGAAAAUGUCCUGGCAAUGGCUUCUCAAAACCAGGGCCUCAGUAGCCUUCCGAAGAGAUACAGUUUACAAACUGGCCCACCGAAAAAGGAUCCCAGAGUUAAAGGCGUCAAUUCAGCAGCCGUUCAGGCUUUCUUGAAGAAACAAGAGGCUGACCAGAAAAAGAAAGUACAAAAGAUGAAGAAGGAGAAAGAGGUACUUCAGGCGAAACGUGAGGAAUUGAAAACGGAUAGAAAGGCUCGCGCGAUGGCGUCCCGCACAAAGGAUAACUUCCAUGGUUACAAUGGUGUCCCCAUAGUGGAAGUUCCAAAGAAGAGAAGGUCCAGAGGAGAGGGCAGAGAGGAUGACAACCAGAGGGGUGAAGGGUAUGAAGAUGACGAAGAUAACUAUGAGUAUGGAGAGACGGAGUCUGAAUCUGAGCCGGAACAGGUUCCAGAGAGGCCAGCGGCAAAGAGCCAGUUGUCCAGCAAGUCCGUAUCUAAACCAGUGACUAAGAAACCUGGGGGCCCAGCUAAAGCUGCACCCCCGCCUAUGAACUUUGCCGAGUUGCUGAAGCUUGCCGCGAAAAAGCAGCACGAACCGGUUGAGAUAAAACCAGUGCCAAAGAAGAGUGAGGAGCGGCCGCUCAGCGCAGAGGACCUGAGGGAGCUCGAGAUCGAACGCAGGAUCAAGGAACGGAGGCAACAAGAGAAGGGGCGCGACACCAAGUCCGAGCUCAAAAGCAAAGCACAGCUCAACUCGAACACUCACAGGAAGAGUGUCCCUGAGAGAGACAGCAGGGGAGGCAGCAAGCCACACAAGAGUCUCCCGGAAAAAUCCUCCUCCAGCGAGUCCAGCAGGAAGCCAAAGCCCCACGGCUCCGGAGAGCGGCCACACAGCUCAGCCAAGACGUCUCUGUCGGACCGACCAAAACCUACCUUAAACUCCUCAGGUUCCUCAGGUGGCAGCAGAGCGCCGGCAAAGGCCAGCUCGCAGGUAUCUGCCAAACAGCCGGCCGCCAGGCCCUCCUCAAGCCAGAGACCCAACAGCUCCACAAGUGACCUUAACCCAAGGAAAGGGAACCACCCACCUUCUUCAGGUAAGCCAAGUUCUUCUGGGACCAGACCCUCGGGUGCCAGCCAAGGAGCACAGCGCAGCAGCUCGGGCCAGAGUCGACCUGGCCAGGGCAGCUCGGACAAAGGGUCAUCUUCCGGGAGGGCAGAGCACCAGCGACCGGGGGGCAGCCAUGGCAGUGCCCCCCGGCCGAGUAGUAACGGACAAAUGCGGCAGGUGUCUGGUGGAGCCGCAGGAAAACUGGGAGGCGCAGCACAGCAAAGACCAGGGGGAAGCUUACAAGGGAGGCCUGGGAGUAGCGUUCAAGCAAGGCCGGGGGGUAGCGUACAAGGAAGGCCGGGGGGUAGCGUACAAGGAAGGCCGGGGGGUAGCGUACAAGCAAGGCCGGGGGGUAGCGUACAAGGGAGGCCUGGGGGUAGCGUACAAGGGAGGCCUGGGGGUAGCGUACAAGGGAGGCCGGGGGGUAGCUUACAAGCGAGGCCUGGGGGUGGAGGGCCUAGGCCUGCAGCUGCUGGAGGAGUGCCUGGGAGGGCAGGGGGAGGUGGUGGGCCCUCAGGGCCUGGGCGACCAAAGUGUACUGUGGUGGCCGAGACCAUCUCCUCUAAGAACAUGGUGCCAAAACCUGGAAUGGCUCCCAGACCAGGAAUGCCGCCUAGACCCGGAGGACCCUCUAGACCAGGAAUGCCACCCAGACAAGGAAUACCAGCAAGACCUUAUGGUCAGGGGCCCCCUGCUAGGCCUCCUGGUGCAAUGUUGCCACCCAUCACGUCUGCCUACAAACGACGAUAUGUUGAUGACGAUGAGGACGAUGAGGACCCAGAGAUGGAUGACUUCAUCGACGAUGGAGGAGAGGAUCAAGAUGAAAUUUCAAAACAUAUCAGGGAAAUCUUUGGCUAUGAUCGGAACAAAUACAAAGAGGAGAGUGACUAUGCAUUGCGGUUUAUGGAGAGCAGUUGGAGAGAUCAGCAGAAAGAGGAGGCCAGGAGCCUGAGGAUGGCUGUGCUGGAGGAUGAAGAGGAGGAGCGACGUGAACUGGAAGAUCUCAGACGCCAAAGCGCCAAGAAAAGAAAAUUAAAAUGAUGUUACCAGCCCCCUGUUUAUUGCUGCACCGUACGCUCGUGUGGUCAACUGUUUUUUUUGUUUUGUUGAUGUGGGACAGGGACUUUAACGCUACUAGCACAGUGAGCUUGAACGCAUCUUUUUUUCUCUCCCACCCACAAUUUCCCCCAUUUUAGUUUACGCCUGGGCAUCAAGGAGGACGAGGAGGAGCUGCGUUUGGAGGAGGAAGAGAACAAACGGAAACUAGCGCUCUUGAAAGCCAAACGGAGAAAGAUCUAGGGGCGAGACGACAAAAGAAAAACAAAACAGAAAAUCCGCUUUAUAUGAACUUUGGGUCAAGGAGGAAUGUUAGUGAGGAACAGGUGACUCUUGCUGCUCUCACUUGUUGUAUUUUUUAUUUAUUGGAAAUUCCCCUGAAAGGGAGCAGUUUUGCACUACGGAGAGCGCCUUGUCUUGGUGAAUUACACUGAGGAAAAUAAUGUAAUGAAAAGCAAUCGCAGACUUCAUUUUUGUACCGACAGCAAAUCAUUCAUAUAUGUAUGUACGUUUGGAGGCCUUACAUCUGACUGACAUUUCUUCAAACAGAUCAGACACCGUGGAGAUCAUUUUAUUCUAUUAAUAUAAGUAUGGUUAAGUGAAAACUGCCAUUUGUUUGAAUUGUACUGCGCUAUUUUUCUUGUUAAAAGUGAUUUGUCGAA